AUGGCGUGGGCGGGGGUGGUGAGUGGAGACGGCGACGGUGGACGGGAUGUGCGCCCGCGCGUGCCGUUGCCCUCUCGCCGUGGGCCGCCUGCGCUGCCCAAAGGACGCCGCACCCCCUUUGUAAAAAGAUGGCUUGGAGAGGCGAGCAGUUUUUCUCGGCGGCCAGUCGUCUGCCUGGACGAGGCGGUUGAGUCGGUUGAGGUGGUGGAGUCGGUUGAGUCGAUGAGGCCGGAGCCGUGGACGCGGGCGCGCCCGUGCUCCCUUGUCUCGCCGUCUAAUGGCCGCAAUUUGGGCGUGCGGGCCGAGCGCGCUACAAGGCGUUUCCGGGCGCGCGAGCCGUGUCUUGGGCAGAGCUUCCCUCCGCCUCCCAUUACGGCGACCCAUGUAAGUGAGCGACCAUUGAUGCACUGGUGCAGUGUUGCGUGGACGCGGCGAAGGCGAGGCGGGGCGGUGCGGGGGCGGCGGGUGAAAAGGCGAGCGGGCGGCGUCCACUUGCCUCGCCCCUCCACCGCGGGCGACCGUCCGCAAAUCUCCGGACCAAUCGCGGGAGGCGGGGGGGUGCACCUGCGGCGUGAAUCAGCCCGCGGCGCUUUCACUGACCGCGUGGUCACUCCCGGCCGACGCACCCUCCCCCGCGCGCCGGGUCCUCGGUGGCGCCCCCGCGCGCAGCGACGGCCGUGGGAAGGGCCGCCAUGUGGUAAGACACGCGGCCCUGUCGUCACCGACCCGUCCAACCACCGCCGCCCUCGGGCCACGCCGUGUGAUUAUGUCGCGAGGAUGAGGAGAGGAGAGAAGAAGAAAGAAAUCGCCGCAACUGAAGUGAGCGUGACCUUGACCUCGGAGGGGCUGACCCGAUUUUGCCGCGGCAGAAGGCCGCCGCACCGCCGUGCGCCUCUUCACGAGAAGAGCGAAGAGGAGUGA